AUGGCUGUUCCAAAAGCGUACAUGGAGGAAAUGGAACAAGGAAAACAAAACGGAGUACUCCACAUGUGCCGAGAUCAAUUGGGCAUGCUCGAAGGAGAGUUCUACGUCUUCGACAGCUGCAGCGUCGAGAACCGUGGCUGCAACCAGAUCGAGCUCCAGCGCGACUUCAGCGGCUCGUUCUUUUCUUCUAGCACUGUCGUCUGGGACCGACAAUCCUCGCAGGGCAUCCGAAUGCCGAGACCGCUGAAAGAAGUGACCUGCAAAGUGAUCGUUGAGAGUGUCGAGCAGGCUAUUUUCCCCAGCGUUCUGAACCCGAUGAAUGUGGAAGACAAGCCAGUGGAAGUGAAGAUGACUUUGUGGAAAACUGAGUUUGGUAUUUGGCCGGGAAUUCCAGCUUCGAUGGCGGAACUGCCCAACGGUGAACUGAGCUACAUCAUCGGAGAAGUGAUUCACGCCCGAAUCCAACCCGUGCUCCCUCUUCGGCGAACAGUCGCUUUUGACGGCGAAGAAGUCGACUUCAACCUCAACAACUGCUGGCUUGCUUCUCCAAACGACCCCUCGAUGAAAUACCUCAUCAUUUCCGACAACAGCGUGGUUCCAAAUCCAAUCGUCCCAGUCGAAAUCGAAGCUUCGCCAACUUCCUACAUCGGCCAAGAUUUCGAAUACAACUCAAAACGAGCACUGGCGUUCAACUUCCAAGUCGCGAUUUUCAGAAACGGAGACCCAAUGAAACUCAUCUGCGAGACAUCCUUCAAGUUCGACACAGUCAAGAUCAUCAACUCAACUCGAAAACGAAGAGGAGCCCGAGCUCAGAAAGCGAUCUCUCCGAAUGAAAUCUUCACCACUGAUGCGGAAUUCACGAUCUACAGCAACACCACUGAAUCGAUGAACGAAGGACUGUUCGGAAUCGAGAACUACAAAGAAAAGAGCAUUCUGGAAGAAAUCAAGAGCAAAAUCGGUCAAAAAAUCGAGCCGGAAAAGAUCCUAAACGCUCCCGAAGUCAGAGCUGUUGUCCAACCUGGAGCUUAUCUUUCUGAAACACUUCCAAAGACGAAGAACCUGACCCUCGAAGACAUCCAUGAAGAUUUUAAAGAAAACACGAGAAGUGGCUGGAUCACGAUCGAAACUCUCAUCUUGCUGCCAAUCCUGAGCCUGCUCAUAAUCGCUGCCAGAAUGUACCGAACCUACAGCUUGCUGGAGCGCAUCGGCACUUUUUUCAACAAAAAGAUGACGAAGAAAAACGAGCUCCUCAAGGACAGCGACAACAACGAAGAGUUCCAUCCUCGAACUUCCACUUGUUCUUCGGAAAUCUCGACUCACUCUUCUUCCCUCGAAGACGAGACCAUUCAUUUUACUCAUGUUAAGAUUUAG